AUGGUGUCGCGUCGGAACAGGACCUUGCUGUCCUUGGCCAUCUUCCUUGGAGUGCUCGGAUGGAACGUGGCUGCCGCUGCUGUCAAGGGCGAGACGGGCGUGCCAGUAGGGAACUUGAGCGCGCACGAGAUUGAAGAGCAACUACAGGAAUGUCCUCUUGUGCAAGCUCUCAACCAGCACAAGGUAGCUUCAGCCCCGACCACGUCUUCGCUCAGUUCCCAGAUAUUCGCCUUUCUCUUCCCUGGUAGCCCUGCAGUCAACGCCUUGCUAGCGACGCUCUACAUCUCCGGUCCGCCCAACUUCCUCCUCGCACUAUGUCCACCCAACAUCGACCCCUCGUCGCUCUCCGUCAUGGUCGCAUUCGCUGUGGGUGGACUACUGGGUGACACUCUUUUCCAUCUGCUGCCAGAGAUCUUCUUGGGCGAGGAGGAACACAACUCGGUCAAGUUCGUCAUGGUGGAACCCAACAAGAACCUUUUGUUAGGUGUAGCCAUCAUGGUGGGCUUCAUCACUUUCGUGGCCAUGGACAAGGGAUUACGAAUCGCAACUGGAGGCGAGGGCGGACAUGAUCACUCGCAUGGACAUUCGCACGGGAAAGUUGUCGAUACUGCAAAGACCACAGGCGUCGACGUUGGUAACUCCAAAGACGGUGUGCGUUCGAGGAAGGCAGGUGCAAACGGUACAUCAUCCGUCGUAGAGACGGCGGAGAAAGAGAUCAAUGCCAGCGUCAAGCUUGGCGGUUACCUCAACCUCAUUGCAGACUUCACACACAACAUCACCGAUGGCCUGGCGCUCAGCUCCUCCUUCUACGCCUCCCCUACCAUUGGCGCAACCACUACUGUGGCUGUCUUCUUCCAUGAGAUCCCUCACGAGGUUGGCGACUUUGCCCUCCUUAUCCAGUCCGGUUUCAGCAAGCGGGCAGCUAUGGGUGCUCAAUUCGUAACUGCUGUCGGUGCUUUCCUCGGAACCUGCAUAGGCAUUGCCGUCCAAGAGUUCGGCGGCAAUUCCGCCUCUGCGGAUGUCCACGGCCCUGGCAUCAUGGGCACUAGUCUGCAGUGGGGAGACAUGCUACUACCCUUCACCGCCGGUACUUUCCUGUACGUUGGGACAGUCGCCGUUAUCCCAGAGCUUCUUGAGACCGGCCCGAACAAGGGCCAAGAGCUAAGGAAGACUUUGAUGCAAUUCGCCGCCAUGUUCACUGGCGCUGGUAUCAUGUUAUUUAUCUCGUGGAAUUAG